CACCGUCUCUUCACCACAUACGUUAGUCCAUCGCAGCGCCACCUCGAACAGCUCCACAAAAUCACUCAGAGCAAGUCUCGUUGCAAGCGCACUAAAUCUCAACUCUUCUCGCAAUGUCGACGUCCACUCGCCCGCAUUGCCUCCUCCUCUUCUUCCUCCAUCUCUACAUCACAACCAAACUCGGAUGCUUUGCAGGACACUACGGCUCACAAGCGUCCAUCCGUUUUACUCACACAUCCGAAGUGAGAUUGAUUGCCUUGAAGAACGCCAAUCUCACAUCCAACGAUUUGCGCCGUCUCGUCGACAACGACAGCAAAACGUGCGUGCAAGGUCAACCAACGAACGGCAAAACGUCGAAAACCACGAUUCGAGCCGAUUUCCGCGCGGCUUGCCUCGAGGUCACGACCGUCGUCAUUGUGGUCGGACGGACGACUCCCGCCACGCACUCGUCGCCUUAUGUUUCGUUAAGGAGGCUUUGCUCAGGAGGAUGGAAUUGGGUAAAGUGCCACAGAGCCGGAGAACGGGCCGUCCAGCCGACGCACUACGUCUGCAGCGGACAUUACGCUAGAGCGGUCGAUAUCGAGUUUCCCUCUAAUCUCCCCAUAUGUGAACUAACCAUCAACUACUUACCACUACCAGCUCUCACUACUCCUAUAAAAUUGGUUGGAGGUUCAAACCAAUCUCAUGGAACAGUACAAGUGUACUACCAAGGUGCUUGGGGAACUGUAUGCGACGAUUUCUGGACCAUCCACGACGCUCACGUCGUCUGUCAUCAGCUCGGUUACUCGAACGCACUAGAAUUUAAGAAAGAAGCAACGUUCGGAAAAGGUGAGGGUCGCAUACUGAUGGACAACUUGAGGUGCACGGGAACGGAAGGUCGUCUUCAAGACUGUCUUUUUAACGGAUGGAAAAAGCACGACUGCGAUCACGACGAAGAUGCAGGAGUCGUUUGUAAUGAAGAGAUUCCCUGUAAAGAAACCAACAACAAACCGCAAAUCGAGACAAAUAACUUUCCGGUGCGAUUGGUCGAUGGAGGUAGACCAUACAGAGGCAGACUAGAAGUAUUCGUUAGAGACCAGUGGGGAUCAGUUUGCGACAACAACUUUGGCGCGCUAGAGGCCAAAGUGGCAUGCCGUCAACUCGGAUAUACGGGAUACGUCACUUACGCGUACAAAAUUGGCCAAUCGGAUGGUCCCACUUGGAUGGAUAACGUAAACUGUGACGAACUGAAAGAAACAGGUGAAGAUGGCAGAGUAAGUCGUCUAGCAGAUUGCUUUAAGAAGGGAACGGAAGAACGAUUCAGUUCGGACAAGUUUUGGGGAAUCAACAAUUGCACUCACGACCAAGACGUCGCACUAACAUGCGCCAAAUCAGCCAAGACCCUUCCAAUACGAUUAGUCGACGGUGGGGCCUCACACAAAGGCCGAGUGGAGGUAUUCGUUAACGGAAUGUGGGGAUCCGUGUGUAACAACAGUUGGGGCUGGAACGACGCAAAGGUAGUCUGCCGUCAGUUGGGAUUUCCGUCUGUGAGGGGGUAUCGGACGUCGACGCUGCGCAACGCAAGAGAGAGUCAGAUGAUUUGGAUGGACAGCGUUAUGUGUGGCGGACGCGAAAGGAGGCUGCAGGAUUGUUUUUUUUCAGGCUGGGGAGUUCACAAUUGCUCGCAUGAGCAAGAUGUCGGGGUCGAAUGUUUACCUACAGAAGAUUCAAAAUCAUAUGACAAGCACCAAAAGGCUGCCGCAAGAAAACGAAGAAACGAUAACGAACUCACUCUAGACCGUCACUUCUUCCAACACAAAAUAGUAAACAGGAAAGACAUUCGACUUGUUGGUGGCUACAGUUCCUCUGAAGGACGCGUUGAAAUCAACAUCAAAGGCACUUGGACGACAAUUUGCAAUCCAAAGUGGGACAUCAACGACGCAAACGCAGUAUGCAAUCGUCUCGGAUUUAGUGGAGCAGUCGAUGCGUUCCAAAAGGCUUACUUUGGAGAAGGCAAUGGAGCUAUACUCAAACUUAAUAUCAAUUGUUUGAGACGAAACCCGCCUUCGUUCUCUGCCUGUUCUUCACCUCUUCGAGUUGAGAAGACGUGCACUCACUCGAAUGACGUCGGAGUCAUAUGCUUACCUCACGAUCAAGACACUCAGCGUUUCGUCUACUUUACCCACGAAUACAACAAGAUGUAUCCAUCCGGCAAGACACGCAAUCAAAAAGCCGCCGCUUUCACCUCCAACCUUAAAAAGAUCGAAAACCUAAACGGCCGCGCCGAUCAUCGCUCUCCACUCGGCAUCAACAAGUUCACCGACAUGUCGCAAAAAGAGUUUGCAAAAUCUCACCUCAUGUCUCAACUCUCCACCAAUCUGCGCGGGAACGAAGAACCCGAGCCCCGAGGACGCCAUAGACGCUCCAUUUCCGAUCACGUCGACUGGAUCGGUCCGAUUCCCGAAUGUUUCGAUUGGAGAGACAAGAGCCCGCCGGUCGUCACCAGAGUAAAGGAUCAGGGACUGUGCGGAGCGUCGUACGCGUUUGCCUCCGUCGCGCAGAUGGAGAGCAUCUGGGCUAUACAGAAACAUCGGCCGUUGAUCGAGCUGUCGGUGCAGCAAAUUAUAUCAUGCGAUCAGACGUCGUCAAGCUGUGACGGAGGCAAGCCCGACGACGUCAUGGAUUAUGUCCUUUCAUCCAAGGGGCUACAACUCAACAAUACUUAUCCAUACGUUUCUGGCACGAGUGGAAAUACUGAAAGCUGUGAGUUUAACUCCACACAGAUCUAUUCUAGUUUUAGAGGCUGGGCGCGCGUGACGAGAAUGAGACCGACGGCACAGGACGAGUACGACAUGGCUGUAUUUCUCUAUCGACACGGUCCGAUUGUUGCAUGCAUCAACGCCGCCAAUCUUCAGUUUUACACUCGCAGCGUGUGGAGUAACUGCGGAGGUAACUACGGGAGCGUCAAUCAUUGCGUCUUGCUGACCGGUUUCGGCGUUGGUCGAGACGGGACUCCCUAUUGGGUGGCGAAGAAUUCUUGGGGUGACGAUUGGGGUGACGAAGGCUACUUCUUUAUUCAACGCAACGUCAACAUGUGUGGGAUUGCCGAGUGGGUGUUCGCCGCGUAUAUAACCUUGUAGACUGAGAUGUGAACCGGAGGACGUUGUGGUUAUAAUUUGCGUGGGUGUGUCUUGUGUCUCUGUGUGCGAUUGUGUUCGACAAACUUGGUAUAGUGAUAGCAAGUUUCAGAGUGUCUGUAGCUAAUCAAUAAGUGCUCGAAUGUUGACGUUGAAUUCGCUCCUCAAAAAAUUCAAUAAAUGGUAAAUGUAUACAAUGA